CUUGCCCGAGCCCCCAAGAUGCGCACUUCGUUGGGUUUACUUCUAGUUGCUCUGCUGCUUCUAGCCCUUUCCUUAGCCCAAGCCGAACCCGCACCCUCAUAUUUUGAUGACGACGAGUCCCUGUUCGAAGAGUACCCUACGGACAACGAGUUGGACAGAUUACUGCAGACUGCCCAGAAGCGUUCUUCUUUGAUCUACAUUUACAGAAGAGCGUGUGUAAGACGUGGCGGCAACUGUGACCACCGCCCUAAAGAUUGCUGCGUCAACAGCACAUGUCGAUGCAAUCUGUGGGGAGCGAACUGCCGGUGUCAGCGCAAAGGGCUGUUCCAAAAGUGGGGCAAGUAGACAGCUGAUCAUCCCUUCAGUCGCCACCAACACUUUGUUACAUAUGUUAUCUGAGUUGUAACCGUGUAAGUUGUAACCUUACGUUCCUAAAUGUUGAAUAAAGACCCCCUUGUAUAAUUGAUGCAGAGUAACUUUUCUUGGUAAUUAUUUCGUUUGAUAAGUUUUUAAAUAUUAAAAUUUUGACACUUAUUUCAAAGUCUUUAACUAAGUGACGUUCUAUUAUUUACCUAGUAUUAUAGUCAAGACGUUUUCAGUUACUAUUGGUGAUCUUAAAAUAUUGUAAAGAAUUAUCUUAAGGGUAUUUAUUUUAAAAUUACUACACUUAUAACCAUAUCACAAAAUUGUGGUUCUAUGUUAAUAUACCAUUGCUAUUGAGAAAUAUAUUUUUUAGAUACAGCUGAAUAUUAUAAUAUUGAUCAUCAGUAUCAUAUAUAUUAAAAAGUCUUUUUACAAAUUUUGCAUGACCCAUAUUACCAGCUUUAUUAAAUUAUUGUUCUUUAAUUUUGCAUUUAGGAUUCCCGAUAAAUUCGUGGAUAACUGUCUAACAUCGCAAUACGGGUGCUCCCAAAAUGCUUUCCCAGCAGUCCACAUGGUCACUGUUAGAUUUCAUCAAUGUUAAAUGUUAUCUUAUAGCUUUGGACUGCUGAAUCGUAAGCAAGGGCUGUAUAAAUAUAUGUCAAUAAGCAUACAUCAUCACCCUAAGCACACGUGAAAAAUGUAUUUUUAAUAUUGUAAAAGGAAAGCAAGUCAACAUUGGUGAUGGAUAAUGUUAACAUGACUGCUGAAAUAAAAUGUGUGAAAAGUUAAAAUUAUUAGAAAAAUGUUCGUUUAACCUGAUUCGUAAUUUCUAAGUCAAAGACUAUUUCUACUGUUGUAAAUACUUUAAUUUGAAGUAA